UCAUACAAAGAGAAAAAUCGAUAAAAAAUGAAACACGACGAAUAUCAAUAUCUUGAUCUAAUCAAACAUGUCCUUGAUAAUGGUGCCGAAAAAAAUGACCGUACAGGAACUGGUACAUUUUCGGUGUUCGGUACACAAAGUCGUUAUUCACUUCGUGAUCAAACAUUACCAUUGAUCACUACAAAACGUGUAUUUUGGCGUGGUGUUGUCGAAGAGCUUCUAUGGUUUCUACAAGGAUCAACUGAUUCGAAAAAGCUGUCCGAAAAAGGUGUAAAAAUCUGGGAUGCAAAUGGAUCACGAGAAUUUCUCGAUAGCCUUGGGUUUGCCGAUCGUCAAGAAGGUGAUCUAGGUCCAGUAUAUGGUUUUCAGUGGAGACAUUUUGGUGCCGAAUAUCGAGACAAGAAUUCCGAUUAUAAUGCUCAAGGUGUUGAUCAAUUAAAACAGCUUAUCCAUACGAUCAAAACAAAUCCGAAUGAUCGUCGAAUGAUUAUAUCGGCUUGGAAUCCAACAGAUCUUCCUAAAAUGGCUUUACCACCUUGUCAUUGUUUGGCUCAAUUCUAUGUUAAUAAUGGUGAACUUUCCUGUCAACUUUAUCAACGAUCGGGCGACAUUGGUCUUGGCGUUCCUUUCAACAUUGCCAGCUAUUCAUUAUUGACACAUGUAAUUGCCCAUAUUUGUGAAUUAAAAACUGGUGAAUUUAUUCAUACAAUCGGUGAUGCACAUAUCUACCGUGAUCAUGUUGAUGCACUUCGUGAACAACUGACACGAACACCGAAACCAUUUCCAAAAAUACAAUUCAAACGUAUAGUGAAUGAUAUUGAUGAUUUUAAAUUUGAAGACAUUCAAUUAAUUGGCUAUGAUCCAUAUGCUGUAAUCAAAAUGAAAAUGUCAGUUUAACCAUGAUUCAUUGACCUUGUCCUCAUCGAAUGUUUUGAAUCGUCAAUGUUUCUUUUCACAUAUGUUUGUCACGCAUUUAAUUAUGAUAAUCAAAAUAAAUUUUUUUUUUAUAUCA